UGCGCAUGCGUGCCCCCCUCCCUCCACCACCUGCCUUCCAACACCUUCUUCAGUUGGUUCUGAGUCUACCACCUCCUGCUGAGCUGCGCCUCAGAGGUGGUGACUCUGGACAGGCAUCCUCCUCGGUAGUCAUCGGUGUAGUCCGAGGGCCUGUGGUCUGAGAAGUCCCGGGGGCUUUUGUACAGCACCAGAAACAUCCUAAGCAAUGGCAUCCAUCCGGAAAAAACUGGUGAUCGUGGGCGAUGGGGCUUGUGGAAAGACGUGCUUGCUCAUCGUCUUCAGCAAGGACCAGUUUCCUGAGGUUUACGUGCCCACGGUGUUUGAGAACUACGUGGCCGAUAUCGAAGUGGAUGGAAAACAGGUGGAGUUGGCCCUGUGGGACACAGCUGGACAAGAAGAUUAUGAUCGCCUGAGGCCGCUCUCCUAUCCCGACACUGAUGUCCUCCUGGUGUGUUUCUCCAUUGGCAGCCCUGAUAGCUUUGGGAACAUCCCGCAGAAAUGGACUCCAGAAAUCAAGCAUUUCUGUCCCAACGUGCCCAUCAUCCUGGUUGGGAGCAAGAAGGAUCUUCGGAAUGACAAGCAGACAAGACAAGAGUUAGCCAAGAGGAAGCAAGAGCCGAUAAAACUUGAACAAGGCCGAGAUUUGGCAAACAUCAUAGGCGCUUUCGGGUACGUGGAGUGUUCUGCAAAGACCAAAGAUGGAGUAAGGAUGGUCUUUGAAAUGGCCACAAGGGCUGCUCUGCAAACGAAUCGAAGGAAGAAAAAGCCUGGAUGCUUCAUCUUGUGAAGCUUAGUGCAAGUAAAGCCCUGGUGCAGUUAAUUUUCAAGUGCUGCUUACUAAUCUUAUUGUGCUAGCCUUUUGGUUUAUUUAUAUGCCCGAGAUAACAAAUCAGAACUCAUCUUGAUACAAGUGUUUAGAAGGCAACCAUGAUUACUAAACAUGUCCAAUCUGUCCAACUUGCCAGGAUCCCGAUUCUUAACAGCCCAUUCUGCAUUCCACCUGAAACACCAGGCACCAGUUGAAGAAUUUACUAUUUCUAGAAAGAGAAACGGCAACUUUGUUAGUAGACUAACUACUUUCUGAAGUGUCCAACCUAUCAUCUGUCAGCUGCGAAGAAUUCUGAGUCACCAGUUCAGACUUUACUGCAUAACAACUUUGCCAUCUUUAUUUUUGUUCAAACCUUUCUCCAUGCAGCUGCAGUAUACUAACCGAUCUGUGAUUUCAUGUUGGUUACCGUUAGUGUGUGAUUAGUGCCAUUUAAUGUAUAUUACAGGAAUAAGAACAUCUACCCCAGACUAGACGUGGCAUUUUUGGUAUAAUUGGAUUCCCUAAUACUGAUAUUUGUCAUUCCCACAGCAAGUGGUUGAAAGAAAGAAUUUGGAAAUAAAGUCAAAUGGAAAAAUUAA